CUCUCCCUCUUCCUUUCCUCUUCCCUUCCCUCCUUUUCUCAACCUCUGCAAAGCCCAACCCAGUGUGAUCUACCCCUUCAAGGCCAGCAACCCAUCCCCAUACUUCUCCACCAUUGUCUCCCCCUCCCUUCUCUUUUGCCAUCACCAUCCGUGGCUACUGCCAUCGCUGCUCACCUUCUCUGCUUCCAUUGCUGGAUCUGGUUUAGAUCUAGUUUGAUGCUGUGUACCACCAGCUCCUCUUUCGGCCACCACCAUAACUAAAGUGAAAAAAAAAAACAAAUUGAAAUGAACAGAGAAGAGGACGAUGAAAACCAAACUGAAUAAACAGAGUUGGAAAGGGUGGAUGUUUUGAGUGUGGAUUGUCAUAAUGUUUUUGUAAUUAUGUUUUUAAAUUUCCAUGUACAUUGCAAUAAUUUUUUAUUCCUUUACUGCAAUUGUUAUACAUUCCUUCCAUUUUUCUGCAAUUUUCCCAUUAAUUAACAUGGUAAGCAAUUAUUGAUAUAUCACUCCAUUACUAACUCAUAUUUUGGAGUUAAAAGUUUAAUCAAUUAAAGAGUUAAAAAACCAACGUUUCAUUCAUUUCUAACUCAUUUCAGAUUUUUAUUUGUGAAAACCAACAUUUAACUUCAUUUAUAGUUCGCAAACUGCCAUACAUUAAAAAAACUGAUCAGAAACACAACCCUACACACACACACACAUAUAUUGCCAUCAAUCCGUGUAGAGAGCUCCAAGAAAUUAGAGUUACCACUUUUUCAUCAUCAAGUUCCUGAAUUGAACAAACAUUGUAACCAAACACAAUGGAGAAUCUGAAGAUAGUCGAGAAAAUUGUCAUAUUCCCGGGGAAGCCCACAGAACGCAGACGCAUCUUCUUGUCAAACAUAGACCUCAGCCUCAUCGGCUACCAAGAAUCAGUUUCUUUCUUUGACCCUCCAAAAAUCAGUUUUGCCGAAGCCUGUGAAAAGUUGUACAGAGCACUCGAGCGGUUGUUUGUGCACUAUGAUUUCUUUGCUGGACGCCUAGUGCCUUCAUUGGAAGACAGUCAGAGGUUAGAGAUCAACUGCAAUGGUGCAGGUGUUGUGGUUGUUGCAGCAGCAACAGAGACGAAGUUGAGCCAGCUUGGAGAGCUUAUGGCACCGAAGCCAGAGUUUAGGCAAUUUGUGGAGUUCUUGCGUAAAGAGAAUGAAGAGGAAAUAGAGAUACAGGACAUGCCUCUUUUGUUCAUCCAGUUGACCCAGUUGGGCUGUGGAGGCUUGGCAUUCGCUUCACGGUACAACCACUGUGUCCUCGACGGAGUGGCAGUACGUGAGUUCCUAGCAAACAUGGCUGCUCUAACACGGUCCGAACAAAUGGUGAUCAUCCCAAACCCAGAUCGAACGCUCUUCAAAGCACGAAACCCCCCUAUAAUCAUUCAUCCUCACUAUGAGUACUCGAAACCAAUCAUCGACACACACAGCUUCAAUUUCAACCCCACACUCCACCAAUCUUCACUCCCCAACCAAACCCACCUCAUCUACUUAUCCCCUUCCCGCAUCGCCACCAUAAAAAAGGCCUCCCUGAGAAAUUGCACCACCUUCCAGGCCGUGGCAGCAAAGAUAUGGAAGGCAAGGACCCUGGCGGUGGAGACAAAAGACAUCGAUAAAAUUUCGACAAUGUUGUUUCCGGUGGAUGCUAGGAAAAAGAUUGUGCCACACGUACCCAUUGGGUUUGCCGGGAAUGCUCUGAUUCCUGGGUUCGCACGAGCGAGCGUGAGGGAGAUGAGGGAGGAAGAGGACCAUGUUUUUGUGAAGAAGGUGCAGGAAGGGUUGGAGAGGUUGGAUGAUGAAUAUGUGAGGUCUAGUGUAGAUUGGUUAGAGGUGAAUAAGGGUGUGCCUUGUAGGGAAGAUAGCUUUUCAUUGGUGGCUUGGUGGAGAUUAGGGUUAGAGGAAGAUGAGUUUGUUUGGGGCAAGAUCAAGUGUACUACUCCAGUGUUGGUUAAACCUGGUUUGGUGUAUCUAUUACCAGGGACAAGAGAUGAGGGAGGGCUUAGCAUUUGCCUGGAACUUCCUAAUGAUCAGAUUAAGGAGUUUCACAGGUUAAUGAUGGAGGAUUAAUGAAGUCUCAAACAGGAUUUAGUUAUCCUCAUGUGGAAUCAACUAACCUUUGCCUUCCACAAUUUUCAUAUUUGUUAUUUAUGAAUUGGAUGAUUUAUCUCCAUUAAUUGCCAUUGUAUUAAUUUCUUAACAUUUUAUUUAUAAGGAAAACCAGCCAAUAUAAUUCAGUUCUAAAGUUCUCUCGAACUAAAUUUUUCUAAAAUUUU